AUGGCGACGGCCCAGGAGCAGGAGGAGGCGGUGGCCGCGGCCGUCGUGGAGGACGUGAUGCGGCUUCACGGCGGAGGAGGCGGCGGCGGCGCAGGUGGAGGAGGAGGAGGGGAAACGGUGGGGUCCUGGAGGAACAUCGACAUUGCCUGGCGCAAGGCGGAGGAAGCCGCAAUAAGAAGGUAUGAAGCAGCCAACUGGUUGCGAAGGAUAGUUGGGGUAGUGUGUGCAAAGGACCUAGCAGAAGAGCCUUCUGAGGAGGAAUUCCGGCUUGGCCUGAGAAAUGGCAUUAUUCUCUGCAACGCACUCAAUAAGAUUCAACCUGGUGCAGUGCCCAAGGUUGUGGAGGUACCAUCGGAUUCUACAGUCCCUGCAGAUGGUGCAGCUCUCUGUGCAUAUCAAUACUUUGAGAAUGUGAGAAAUUUUGUCAUUGGCCUACAAGAUUUAGGUCUUCCAACAUUUGAAGCAUCAGACCUGGAAAAGGGUGGACAAGGUGUUCGGGUUGUAGACUGUGUUCUUGCUCUGAAGUCAUUUUGUGAUGCUAAGCAAGUGGGAAAACAAUCUCCAUUCAAAUAUGGUGGCAUUGUAAAGCCUUUGUCUGCAAAGUACGCCAUUCGGAAGAAUAAUGAACCUUUUAUGAAGACGAUGAUGAGGAGUCACUCAGCUGAAUUACUCCGGGAUGGCAUAUCACUGGAGCAAAUAGGCCUUGAUUUUUCUCUAGAACCAACUGAAACAACUACUCCAGAUUCCAUCCGGAUUCUUGUUCAAACGGUUCUCUCAGAUAAGAAACCAGAAGAAAUUCCAUCGGUUGUAGAAUCACUCUUGAGCAGAGUUAUUAAUGAAUUUGAGCGUCGUAUUGCAAGCCAGAAUGAAUUGGUGAAAGACACUACAGACACCAAUGACAGUAAGUCAUUAUCGAGAACAGAUUCUCCAUUGGCCACCAAUAGCAGUAAGUCGUUAUCAAGAACGGACUGUCCACAAAUGGAGUCUACUUCCACCAAUGAUCUGGAGAAGGCCACUGACAAUACCGAGAUGGAUGAAGAUGACUGGGAUUCUUUGACCGUGAAGGAAGAUGUCAACACAGUAGUACCUCCACCUCUAAGUGAUGAUAAUGUAGGUAAAUUUAUUCCAAGGCCAGUAAGAAAUUUUGAGCAAGAACAGAAGCAGAUCCAGGAUUUGAAAAGUAACAUUUCCACUAUUAAGUCUGGGAUAGAGCAGUUCAAAUUGCUGUACACUGAAGACCUUACGAAGCUUGGUGAUCAUUUACGUAUUGUUUCUCAUGCGGCUUCUGGGUACCAUAAGGUUCUUGAGGAGAACCGUAAGCUGUACAACCAAAUACAGGACCUUAGAGGAAAUAUCAGAGUUUAUUGCCGAGUGAGACCUUUCCAUCCUGGAAAAGUAAACAUGCAACCUUUGGUCCGUUCUGUUCUUGAUGGCUUCAAUGUUUGUAUCUUUGCAUAUGGUCAAACUGGGUCAGGGAAGACCUUUACAAUGAGUGGUCCCAAAGUUUUGACGGAAGAAGGGCUCGGUGUCAACUACAGAGCACUAAAUGAUCUCUUCAGUAUCCAGGAGCAGAGGAAGGAUACAAUUUGUUAUGAAAUUGCUGUACAGAUGAUUGAGAUCUACAAUGAGCAAGUGAGAGAUCUCCUUCAGAAUGGACUUGCAGUUCCAGAUGCAAAUGUAGUUCCAGUUACAUCAACUGCUGAUGUAAUAGAUUUAAUGAAUCUUGGCCAAAAGAAUCGUGCAGUUUGCUCAACUGCCAUGAAUGACCGAAGUAGUCGCUCCCAUAGUUGUCUGACUGUUCAUGUUCAAGGACGAGAUUUAACGUCUGGAACAGUCCUAAGAGGUUGCAUGCAUCUUGUGGAUUUAGCUGGCAGUGAAAGAGUUGAUAAAUCCGAAGUCGUUGGAGAUAGACUAAAGGAGGCACAACACAUAAACAAGUCACUGGCUGCACUGGGCGAUGUGAUUGCGUCUCUAGCCCAGAAAAAUACACACGUUCCUUACCGAAAUAGCAAACUUACUCAACUUUUACAAGACUCUCUUGGAGGACAAGCGAAAACGCUGAUGUUUAUUCACAUAGCUCCAGAACCAGAUGCUGUUAGCGAGUCCAUAAGUACUUUGAAGUUUGCUGAGCGAGUUGCUACUGUUGAGCUUGGUGCAGCCAAGUCAAACAAGGAAGGAGGAGAAGUCAGAGAGCUCAAAGAGCAGAUUGCUUGCCUCAAGGCAGCAUUGGCUCGGAAAGAUAGAGACCACGAGAGCAUAAGAAGCACUCAAUCGAGUCCAGACAUAUAUAGAAUGAGAAUGGGUAAUGCAUCACCUGCAUCAAGGCACCCAACAGAAGAUGGAACUCCAGAGGUCCAAAGAAAUGGUACUUCAAAGGCAGAAAAGGGCAAUUUUUUGAACUAUCAAACAUCAUCCUUAGAGGACAAUCCAUCUUCAUGGCUUGAUACUUGCAAUGGUGUACAGAAGGAAUCGGCAUCGGGAGAUUGGGCUGACCACUCACAGUUUGGGAGCAGCAAUUCCCUGCCAGAGUUGGGACCUGAUGGUUCACAAGAUCUAUCCUUCUACCAAAGAAGCAGCCCUGAACAACAAUGGAGUUGGUCUGGGUCUGUCGCAACCGAGGAUUCCGAUGAUUUUGAGGUUGCAACUACUUGCUCAUCAGAACAAGACUGCCUGCGACCAUCUAGCGCCCCAAAAGGUUCAGGUUUCGCCAAUGGUGGCAUCUCAGCUGCAAGGAAGGCCCAACCGAAGGGUGCGAAAAGUUCAGACAUUAGAGGUGUAAAUCCUGCAAAAAAGACAUCACCAUUACAGAAAAAGUUGAACGGAGCCUCUCCAAUGCUAAUCAAGAAGAGUGGAGUCGAAGGAAGGAGAACUUCCAAUGGUAAAGUGAGCGCCAAGAAGUAAUCAAUCCAGGUGAAAACUGAUUUUGUUGUGACCAA